AUGGAGUUCGGACCAACGAUACGGAGAUCGAAGGAGGAUGAUGAUGAUGAUCUAUCUAUCUAUCUAUCUAUCUAUCUAUCUAUCUAUCUAUCUAUCUAUCUAUCUCAAUACAGAACCGCACAUCUAACCUUCAUUUCUAUCUAUCUCUAUAUCUAUCGCAUUUUCACACCCUCUAUCUCCUCCCCACCCUAUCUAUCUAUCUAUCUAUCUAUCUAUCUAUCUAUCUAUCUAUCUAUCUAUCUAUCUAUCACAGCCAGUUCAUUAUCUAUCUAUCUAUCUAUCUAUCUAUUUAUCUAUCUAUCUAUCUAUCUAUCUAUCUAUCUAUCUAUCUAUCUAUCACAGCCCGUUCAUAUCUAUCUAUCACAGCCAGUUCAUUAUUCAUUAUCUAUCUAUCUAUCUAUCUAUCUAUCUAUCUAUCUAUCUAUCUAUCUAUCUAUUAAUCGGAUCUGGCUCGCUAAUAUAAAUCUCGCAAACAUCCGGUUAUCGCUACAUCGUUUACACCUUCUCCCACCCACUAUCUAUCUAUCUAUCUAUCUAUCUAUCUAUCUAUCUAUCUAUCUAUCUAUCUCUUACUUUCUAUCUCAUUGUUACAUCUAUCUGUUUGUCUCAUUUUUUCAUCUUUCUAUCAGUCAUUCCUUUCAUCUAUCUAUCUAUCUAUCUAUCUAUCUAUCUAUCUAUCUAUCUAUCUAUCUAUGUCAAUAUUCAUCUAUCUAUCUAUCUAUCUAUGGAUGUCAAUAUUUGUCUGUCUGUCUAUCUAUCUAUCUAUCUAUCUAUCUAUCUAUCUAUCUAUCUAUCUACGUCAAUAUUCGUCUGUCUUUUGUCUCUCUAUAUAUCUAUGUAUCUAUCUAUCUAUUUAUCUAUCUAUCUAUCUCUUAA